UUUACCUCCAACAUUCACCCUUUCUUUAAUCCCUAUUUCUUGUUGUAAAUUCCAAUUCCAAUUCCAAUUUCAAAUUUCCCCACCAUUCAGAUCUACUGUUCUUUUCUCCCUCACUUCCUCGCCCACUCGUCUGUGAAGCUGUCUGCAAAUGCCUCCCACUGAAACCGACGCCGAUCUCAGAAGAUCAUCGAAUAAUCCAGCUACUUUAGGUAUGAGUGAAUAUGCGUUUGCGGAUCUCAACAACCUGGAGCACUGCGCCAAGUAUUUGAACAAUACACUCGUCACCUUUGGCUUUCCCGCUUCACUUGAUCUCUUCUCCAAUGAUCCCGUUUCAGUAGCCAGGACUUGCAAUUGUAUAUAUGCGUUGUUGCAGCAGAGACAGAGGGAUGUUGAGUUUAGGGAGUCAGCCAAUGAGCAGAGGCAAAGACUCUUAUCAGACAUUUCAAGACUGGAAGCUAAAGUUGAGAGGUUGGAAGCGCAGUUGUCCGCGAAAGAUAGAGAGAUAGCCACAAUGACUAGAACGGAAGCUAAAGCUACAGCUGCUUUCAAGUCACAAAUUGAUAAGUUGCAGCAGGAGCGAGAUGAAUUUCAGAAGAUGGUUUUGGGUAAUCAGCAAGUAAGAACUCAGCAGAUUCAUGAGAUGAAGAAGAAAGAAAAAGAGUAUAUAAAGUUGCAGGAGAGGCUUAACCAAGUAUUAAUGGAGAAAAAGAAGGAAUCUAGGUCAGGCAUGGAAAUUAUGAAUUUACUACAGAAAGAAGGCCGGCAGCGUGGGACCUGGAACGGAAAGAAGACUGACAAUGAUUUCUACAAAAAGAUUGUGGAUGCUUAUGAAGCAAAAAAUCAAGAAUUGGUGGCGGAGAAUGCUGAUUUGAGGGCAUUAUUACGCUCAAUGCAGGUUGAUAUGCGUGAAUUCUUAAAUGCUCCAAAUGGGAAGCAGUCUUCUCCAGUCAAUACGAGGGUGGAUUCUGACCUGUCCCAUUCCCCGUUGGGUGGAAGGACGGACAUGUUUGAUCUGCCUCUUCACAUGGCCAGAGAUCAAAUUGAAGAAAGUCUCCGAACCAAGAUGACUUCAAUAAAGGAGCGCAUGGUUCAGCUUCAAGAUGCACAGAAGGCUGCAGAACUAACUUCUGAGGUGUCAGAGAGAGAACUUGAGCUGGAAGCUCAGCUUGUCGAAGCAAGGAGCAUAAUUCAAGAGCAGGCAUCUAUAAUGUCUAAGCAUCUUGCUAAGUCUGAGAGGCCAAGGAGAUUAAGCGGUCAUCUGAAUUCUGACAGGGACUCACUAUUGUCAUCACCUUCAGAGGGGCUGUGAAUCAUCAAUCCAUGUAGUUGUCCAGGACACUUGGUUAUCUGAUCAUGGUGCAGUUUGCUGGUGUCGAGCUUCAAACUGGUGAAAACCUGUAUACAGAUAAUUGAACUGACCCAUUUCUUCAGAGUCUUCGAAACACCGUAAACUCUCAUUCAGAGCUGUAUCUUUAUCUGGCUAGCAGCUAGCUGCCCCUCAGUUGCAGUAUUGUGCAUAUGUAAUUCCUCUUUGCCUUUUAACUUAUGGCAAACUUUUAGAUACCGAUUCAGUAGAAGAAAUUGUUGUUUCAAACUCAUCCACUGUUCCUUUUUUAGCAUAACUUAUGUUCAUUGUAUUA